AUGAGCCAAAGUAGGUUGCGAAACAGUACAGGGACAACUACUACCAUUAUUGGCAGUCAUACCAAAGUCGAGAAUGGUCCUGAAGACAGAGUUACAUUACCGGCAAAGGAUGAAGUUUCAACCCCUGAGUUGACAAAGGCCAUAGGACAGGUUACUUUUAACCAAUGGGUUCUCAUAUUAUCACUUAUUUUUGGCGGGUGUUGCUCCAAUGUUUUUGCAUUAGAGUCUAUUGUUCGAGAGGCACCCAACUCGGGCCAUCUUAUCACAUUUGUCCAAUUUCUCUUUGUUGCGAGUGAGGGUUAUGUGCAUUUCUUUGAUGCUCAUUCCAAGUUUUUCUUUCUUCAAAAGCCUCAUAUUCCUGUUCACCGAAUGCUAUUUCCAGUUAUUAUAUAUUUCACAUUGUCGGUCUUGAACAAUUACGUAUGGGCUUUUCAUAUAUCAAUUCCUAUGCAUAUUAUUUUCCGUUCCAGUGGUACUGUUAUUACAAUGAUAUUCGGGGCUCUUAGCGGGAAAAGAUAUACAACUCGCCAGAUUUUUGCUGUGAUUGUAUUAACGGCUGGUAUCAUACUGGCAACAUUGUAUGGAAAUCCCAGUAUAUCGAACCCAUCUGACGUUGCUACAGAUUCUAGGACGUAUGCUACGGGUAUUGCUAUUUUGAUGGUCGGUUCGAUUCUAGGCGCAUUUCAAGGUGUUGUUACCGAAUCUACUUAUAAAACAUAUGGAAGACACUGGCGAGAGUCCCUGUUCUAUACGCAUUUCUUGUCCCUCUUGUUCUUCAUUCCAAUGUGGAAAGAAAUCACCAAUGAAUUUCUAUCGGCUUUAAAUUCGCAACCGGUGUACACUGUUCCUAUUAUACAGAUAAUUUUGCCCCGUCGUGUGGUGUACUUGGCAGUCAACGGAUUCACUCAGUACGUGUGUGUCCGUGGUGUAAAUAACCUUGCGGGGCAUGUCAGUGCUUUGACCGUGACUAUUGUUCUGAAUAUUCGGAAGUUUGUGAGUCUUGCUAUCAGUGUGUAUCUUUUUGGCAAUGAUUUAUCAGUUGGUAUGAUCGCUGGUUCGAUAUUUGUGUUCUUAGGCGCCUUCCUUUAUUCGAGUAGUCCGAAACAGUCAACACAAGGCAUACCUGACAAGAAAACAAAGUGA